GGGGGCUCCGAGAGCUCCCCCAGCAGCUCCCGCUGGGCCGUGUCCAUCGUCAUCGUCGUCCUGUGCUGCUUCAUCGUCCUGGAGAACCUCCUGGUGCUGGUGUCCGUGUGCCGCAACAAGAAAUUUCACUCGGCCAUGUACAUCUUCAUCGGGAACUUGGCUUUCUCCGACCUCUUGGCCGGUUUGGCUUUCAUGGCCAACAUUUUGCUGUCGGGGGCCACCACUUUCAACCUGACGCCGGUGCAGUGGUUCGUGAGGGAGGGCACGGCCUUCGCCACCUUGGCCGCUUCGGUUUUCAGCCUGCUGGCCAUCGCCAUCGAGCGGCACGUGGCCAUCACCAAGGUGAAGGUGUACAGCAGCGACAAGAACUGCCGCAUGGUGCUGCUCAUCGGGGCCU